AUCGGACGGUCCCGCAGUUCGAAUCCCGGCAUUCUCGGAUUCGCUUUGUCUUUUGUCCUCCGUCAAAACCGAUUACGAAAAUAUUUCAAGUACAUUCCGACCACACGGUGUCUGCGAAAAAUUCUUUUCUCACAAAAUUUAUCCCUCACAUUUUUGCAUAGAUCGGCGAUUCUUUUUUCUUCCGCAUUCGUCCGGAACAUUUUGCGCAAAUGUUCGGUUUUUAUAAAAGUUGGGUGGUUUUCAUUCAAUCUGUUCGGGUAUGCGGAAUUUAAUCGGUUGUGUACACAUCCACGUCAUGCGAAAGACAGCGCAAAUAAUAGAAAAAAUUUGAAGGAAAGCAAUAUUUAGAAUCAUGCGACGCGUGGUAUUCGCGAGUUCGACAAAGAUUCAGGACGGGCCCUUAUAAUCACGAAUGUUGUGGCUGAAUUUUCAUCGACGUAAUUCUUGAAACCAUGGAUACGGGAACGUGGGUAUCUGGAUGGAUGCAAUGAAGAUCCACGGGAUGGUUUCUCUGCUGCCGAGGUGAUGUGGCGAAAAAGUGGCUGGGUGGCCGUAUUGGCCAUUUGGACCAUCUUGGGAAACGGUGUAGCGGACGACAAACUUCUGAGGUCGGACGGAAACGCGAGCGUAAUCAUCGGGAUCGAGGAUAGUCGAGUUAGCCGCGAAACCAACCAUUUUUCCGGCCCAACUACUGCGACAAAAACUGGUGGCACGGUCAACCCUGGCAACGAUGAGCUGGGAAUUGAUAGGAACGAGGUCAGGAUCGCCCCCGAAGCAGAUAAUAUAGAUACCGCGUUAAUUGCGGGAGAAGUCGUGGCUGAUUUCGGAGCAACCGCAAUCGAAGAAAAUUUCUUGCAUGGUGCGAGAGAAAAUACGUCGCGAUUGAAAAAUCGAUCGUUGAAACAAUUUUCGACCCUACCGCAAAGUGAAGCAGCCUUGACCGGAGAAAACAAUAAUUUUGGGUCAGAGUUUGGGGCAGCAAUUGAAUUUACGAAAUCCAGUCAAGAUCUGAAAAGACUUAUAGCCGGAAAUGGCAAAGCUUCGUCGUCCCCGAAAAAUUCAAAGGAAAAAUCAAAGGAACGCGAAAACGCUGUGGAAAUGUUAGGUAACGACGAUCUCGGGAUCACCACGCCCGACACCGAGGUGACGACGACGGAAAAUUUUGACAAUUCGAAUGAUCCUGCACAGGGCCGUUCGACGACCGAAGUUAACUUCGAUUCGUUCGUUGCGACGCAACGUUCCCGAAGAGCGAAAGAGCGUGAAAAUCAUAGGGAAAUAACGGAUAGAGGAUCAAAGACGACAAUGGCAGACGACAGUUUAACGAAAACGAAGAAGAAAAAUCCUAACGAUGAAUAUCUUCCAAAUUAUAAUGAGGGUAAAAACGGUACUGGUGGCAAAUUUGAAAGACCCACAGCCAAAGAGUCGACGAACCGCUCGCCAACGAUGGCCGACGCUUUCAUUGGAAGAAAAAGAAAAUUCAAUGAAAAUAAGCCAAUUGGGUCGGAUGCGGUAAAUUGCCCCGGGUAUAUCGAAACCGAACUCCCAGGUUCGAAGAUCGACCAAAAACCACCCAUAACCGAAUACCGAGAAAAAGUAUCAACUCGGCGCGCAGAUGUCGAGAUAGAUAUGAGACGCGAGGGACAUGAUGCUGCUACCUUCGACGCGGUAGCCAACGAACCUGCUUACUCGGACAUUACUUUAACCCCUGCUGAAACUCCAACGAGCACGAUUCGCCAAUUUGACCCAUUCGGGGCAUCGCACGUGAAAUUUUCCGGAAUCUUGCUAAAUGCGGAAAAGUCCCAGCUCAUCAAAGGUGAAUCAAUAAAAACGUCUGGGCACAACAGUCCGCGUAGUUUGGUCAGGGUUGACGCGGAGGAUAAUUCAGCACUCUCAAACGAAGGAACCGUGAAGGACACAAAACUUGACAACGAACAAGCGCGAUAUUCUCAAAAACUCGCAUUGAAAUCACCUACAGCCGUUCCUAACGAUAAGCUGUUACCAAACCAGCCCCGUUCCACGAACAAUCGGGUCGGAAAAUUUCACGCCUUCGAAAGUUCGAACGAAAAAAUUGCCGAUAGUCCGCACGAUGCAACGAGCAAAGGAGUGAUAAAAGUCGGAGAUACUCGAAGGAAACGAAAGCACGAGGGAAACGAGGGGAUUACAAUCGGAAGCGGGGAUGCGGGGUAUGCGCAAACCGUAGAAAGUAUUCGUAACGGAGAAACGGCGGUAGCGAAAAUUCGGCAAGGCGGAAUCGCGGGGAAUUCUUCCGGGGAGAAUAACGGGCGUUCGGACGAACGACGCGUUGUAAAGCUGGAGAUAAUUUCAGUGGAUGUCAACCAGACGGCGGAUUCUUCUCGAAAUGGGCAGAUACCGGUGGAGGAGGAGCGGAGUGCAGCCGAUGCCAAGUCACCAGGGAGCCCAAACUUGCCGGGAAAUCAAUCCGCUGCGGAUUCCGAGAUAACGAGGCCAAUGAUGGGAGAAUCGUCGGAGACGGCAAACCCGGACAAAGUAACCAACGGUGAGGGUGACUCCGGCCCCUCCGACGAAAACUCUGCCUUUAUUCGCAAAAGCGCGGUUAACGACGAAACGAGAAAUAACGGGAUAGAAAUCCCAAAUGAGAUUGAUAGAAGCGACGAGUCGAACGGCGGUCUGUCGCCAUCGACAACGGAAGUUAUCAACGAGUCAACAUUUAUUAUUGUUUCGAACUCAGACAAAGAAGAAGUUCCCGAAGAUGGAGUAGGCUCUGCAUUGUCCGCGGAUCAGACCACCGGGAGAUUUCCCAUAUCGUUUGGGAAAAUUCUAGAGAACGCGAAUAUCAAAGGCAAGCAAACGCAGACAGUCCAGCGUUUGGGAGCAGCGAAUGAAAUUGAGAGGAGAGAACGGCAAGGCGUUGACCCACCACUCGACUCGCAACCCUCUCGAAAUCGGGGAAAAGGUUCGAAUACGCCGAGAAACAUUGAGAACCAGAUAGGAGGAACCCCUUGGAACGAUCACAUCGAAGCAUCCUCGGGUUUGUCUGGUGGAUCUUUGAUAGCGAGACUGAGCAAUAAAUAUUUAGAAUCUAAGAAGAACCAGGGGAAGGAGUCACCGAGUGCGAAAGAUCUCCUCCAACCGGCGAGAGAAAGAAUUAUCAAAAAACCGACGUACCGGGAGGAAACGACAUCGCCCGCUCCCCCGAAUCUCGAGAAUAAUCCAAUGGCGGUUCGCAUCGGGGUUCCGCAUGCACGGAGGCAAGAAAUAUCUAACGGAUAUAAAUUCAGGACGACGUACGAUACGGGUACAAUUUUUCACCCCUUAGAAAUCCCCGGUGCCAAAAAAGUUUCCGGGCCAGAAGUCACGAAAGAUAAUACCUUCGGUAGUUUUACGCCAUCGUUUAACGAGGAAACGACGACGAAGGUGAAAAUAUCGAGCGAAUCGAGGCGAUUGUUUUCAAGCGGUGAAUAUGACGACCAAGCUGACAAAAUGCACUCCGAAGAAGACGGACGGAUGUCCCCACCGCGACUUGGCGACUCGACGGAAAUCAGUGAUUCAAGGGAAGAUGACUCGCCGGACUUUCCGACGAUCAAGGAUCCGAGCAAUCGGACAUAUUUCAACAGCGAUGCGAAGAACAGCACCAUGCUGAAGAGGUCCGCCCAGCUGGAUUCAACGUCACGAAAUUUGUUAGAAAGCUCGGGUUCGGUGACCGAUUCGCUCGAUCAAGAUACGCUAUCGUCGUUCGUUGAAAGCCGGUCACCUACGGAAAUUCCCCUUGAAACCGUUCCCGAUACUUUUGGGACCAUUACACCGAAUUUAAACGCUCCACCCUCGCUAAGCUUCAAUCAAACGGAUUCGGACAAUGCCAGCCGCGUUAUCUCUCCGUUAAACCAAUGGCCGGUGAAGCACAGCGCCGUUGUCGAGGGUGACCUGGUGCUCGGCGGAUUGAUGAUGGUCCACGAAAGGGAGGACUCCGUCACCUGCGGACCCGUCAUGCCCCAAGGGGGUGUCCAGGCUCUGGAAGCCAUGCUGUACACUCUCGACCGCUUGAACCAGGAGGAGAUCGUCCCGGGAGUGAAGAUCGGCGCGCAUAUUUUAGACGACUGCGACAAGGACACCUACGGCCUCGAGAUGGCGGUUGACUUUAUCAAAGGUUCAAUAAGCAACAUCGACGGUGCGGAGUACCAUUGCAACAAGACUACGGUACGGAAGGUGAUCAGUGGUGUCGUCGGCGCGGCGAGUUCCGUCACCUCCAUACAAGUCGCCAAUCUACUUCGUCUCUUCAGGAUACCGCAGGUGUCGUUCUUCUCUACGAGUCCGGAACUCUCGAACAAGCAACGCUUCGAAUAUUUCACCCGCACUAUACCCAGCGAUCACUAUCAGGUCAAAGCAAUGGUCGACAUUGUGAGAAAAAUGAACUGGAGCUACGUCUCCAUUAUAUACGAGGAGAGUAACUACGGGAUCAAGGCUUUCGAGGAGCUCGAAGAACUACUCGCCAAAUACGACAUUUGCAUUGCAAUCAAAGAGAAGCUUGUCAAGGAUUCGGGAGUCGCUGAUGAAACAGCUUAUGACAACAUCGUUCAAAAACUGCUGACGAAACCACGUGCCAGGGGAUGCAUCAUUUUCGGCUCUGACCAGGAAGUUGCGGGAGUGAUGCGUGCCGUUAGACGUUGCAACGCAACGGGAUCAUUUUCCUGGAUCGGGAGUGACGGAUGGAGCGCUCGUGGCCUAGUGAGCGACGGAAAUGAGCCGGAAGUGGAGGGAACCCUUUCCGUCCAGCCCCAGGCGAACCCGGUGAAGGGAUUCGAGGAGUACUUUCUUGAUUUAACGGUGGAAAACAACAGGCGUAAUCCCUGGUUUGUCGAGUUCUGGGAGGAUCACUUUCAGUGUCGAUACCCGAACGCAUCCUGGACACCGUAUAAUCAGAAGUACACCAAACCGUGUACCACAAAAGAGAGACUCACGAAACAGAGCACCGCAUUCGAGGGACAGUUGCAGUACGUUUCCGACGCCGUUACCGCAUUUGCGCACGCCUUUCGUGACAUGCACAAGGCAGUUUGCCAUGGGAAGCCAGGACUCUGCGAUGCCAUGAAACCCACCAAAGGAACAGAGUUACUGAAGUUUCUGCGGAAGGUUGAUUUCGAAGGUUUGAGUGGGGAUAAAUUCAAAUUCGACAAAAAUGGCGAUGGACCAGCGAGAUACAACAUCAUUCACUUCAAGCAGACAUCUCGUGGAAAGUACAAGUGGGUCCGUGUCGGCGAAUACAUAGAAGGCGAACUGCGUCUCGACAUGUCCGAGAUACAAUUUCGUCACGGUCAUCCUCUACCGCCGGAGAGCGUUUGUUCUUUACCCUGCGAGGUCGGGCAAGCAAAAAAAUACGUCGAGGGUGAAAGCUGCUGCUGGCACUGCUUCAACUGCACCCAGUACCAGGUCAGACACCCUCUCGACGAGACCCAGUGCGUUCCGUGUCCUCAAGGAAGGGUGCCCGAUGAAUCGCACUCGUACUGUCGUGACAUUCCCGAGGAAUUCUUACGCCCGGAAAGUGGGUGGGCGAUUGGUGCGAUGUCCUUUUCAGCAACUGGAAUUCUGGUCACGUUGUUCGUGGGUGGCGUUUUUCUCAGACAUAACGACACCCCCGUUGUUCGGGCAUCUGGUCGAGAACUAUCCUACGUACUUCUCACAGGAAUCCUUCUUUGCUAUUUGGUCACCUUCGCCCUCGUACUGCGGCCCACCGACGUAGUUUGCGGUAUCCAAAGAUUCGGCGCGGGUUUUUGCUUCACGGUCGUCUAUGCCGCACUCUUGACGAAGACGAAUCGGAUAGCGAGAAUCUUCAACGCCGGAAAGCAGAGCGCCAAAAGGCCUUCGUUCAUCUCGCCGAGAUCGCAACUGAUCAUUUGCUCCGGUCUGAUGGGCGUGCAGAUCCUCGUCAACGGGGUUUGGAUCAUCAUCGAUCCGGCCAGGGCAAUGCAUCAUUACCCCACGCGGGAAGACAAUCUACUGGUCUGCAGCAGCUACAUCGACGCCAGCUACAUGAUCGCCUUCUCAUAUCCGAUAAUUCUGAUCGUCGUCUGUACCGUCUACGCGGUUCUCACGAGAAAGAUCCCGGAAGCAUUUAACGAGAGCAAACACAUCGGAUUCACCAUGUAUACGACUUGCGUGAUAUGGCUCGCCUUCGUACCGCUUUAUUUUGGGACGGGCAAUCAUGUGGCGCUUCGUAUCACUUCGAUGUCCGUCACCAUCAGUUUGUCCGCGUCGGUCACCAUAGCUUGUCUCUUCAGUCCGAAACUCUACAUCAUCCUCAUACGACCGGAGAGAAACGUACGGCAAAGUAUGAUGCCUGUAAGAUACAGCACGACGAAAAGCUCAGCCGUUAGCGGGACCAACGCCUCGAGCAUGAUGGCAGCCGUAACCCUGACGGCUGCGACCUGCGACCAGAACAAAGCCGUCAAAAGACACGUGACAACUACUAUGGAUUGCUCGACGCAAAGCGAACAUUACGAGAUGGAAGAAAAAGACAACCGCAUAUGCGAGAAAACUCCUCCAGUCAGAGUUUCGCGAUCCACGCAGACGACUCAACCGGCUAGCGCCCAUCAGGAUUGCGAUGCGGCCAUCAAGAUCACCGGUGAGAAAGAAAGUACCAAAGACCCGAUUUCAACCCCACCGGAAAAAGAAAAGCAGCUCAACAGCCUCAGGAUAAGAAAUGGACCGAUGAUCCAAAAAGAUGACGCGUUAUAGCAGGACGACGUGCCGAUAGAGUCAGCGGUUUUGCAGGUAGAUAUGAAACCCAUCUCAAAAACACCCGUGGUUGUUUAACGAGGAAACAAUAAUACACCUGUGUGAUUGUGUACAUAAUAUUCACGCCACGACUAACGGUAGCACAAUGCCCAUGUAUACGUGGCAGGUAAAAUCCACUCGGCGAACUCUGCUAUACUUCCGUACCUCUGUACAUACCGUCGAACAGGUUGAAUCGUAGGUCUGUUAUCUUUUAUCACUUCACGAAGGAUUCUCUCGACUUGGCAAUCUUGAUUAAUGCAUCGAGCCAAUUUGCGUUUGACCUCGGGAGUCACCCGAUCUCUGUGGGCUUUAAAAGAAUUUUUACCACAUCCGAUUCACCCCUGUUGACGGUGGAACAAAAUAACAUUCUUCAUAUCGUCAUCGACCCAAUCAGCUUGGUAACACUUAUACUCAUAAUCAUUAUUUUGCAUGCACGUGCAGAAUAGUACUCUUCUAGCCCUACAUUGUUUCAUCGAUCCAACGAAUUUAAUAGACCGUAACAGUUCCUGGAAAGUACCCUCUCUAAAACUAUUCCCAAAACUAUAAGUACGUGCAAUACGCAUGGCAACAAACAUCCAUCACAAAAGGUACACCACUUGACAGCUGUUGAAUUAUCCGAUCGUCAAGUCAUACCAUAAUAUGUAGUUGUAAAAUAUUAGAUACCCUUGUUAUUGUAUUAACAAUCGUUGCGUAAUGAAAAAGUUUAUAGCCCUGUCUUGUAUUGUAAAUACACGUAAUACAAACUCAGGUACAACCUGACGAAGCAUACUUAUAUGCGAUAUAAUAAGAAUAUAUAUUUUAGUUAAUAAGGCUCAAAUAUUAUAUGUAUAAAUGUAUGGUUUAUCAACGUUCCAUGUAAUUUGUAAAUACAAAUACAAAUAUCAUGUAGUCGACAAAGAAUAAGUAAAAAGCUAAUGAUACCACGCAGUGCAACUGUUACGAGAUGAGAGCCGAUUACCGAAUUCGCGCAGCGGAAUGAGCGUGUGCCGAUUGGGCCUCUCGAAAUGAGUAAAUCGUGCCGCUGAAUGCUGGUGAAACUUCAUUUGUGUUUGCUGAGUAGCUGAUGAGGGGUCAAUAUCUAAUUUCCCCAUUAACAUCAACAUUCAUUUGAGAUGACAGAUUGUAUGUAGAUUGAAUAUAUAAUAUUCUACCUAUAAUGACGUUCGAAUUGUUACUAAGUUUCCGCUGCAUUAAGUAAAAAAUCUGAUGGUAAGAAAUCGGAGUUUAACCUGACUAACGGAUAUGUAAAUUAACCGAGCGCGUGUGUACCCAGCGCUAGUUAACUUACUGAUGAUUCUUACACAUAUCCUUCCUGAAACGACACAUAGAAUUCCGCAGACCAAAAAUCUCAUCAGGAAGCCGCCGUUUCGGCAGAUCAAAGGGUGUGGAGCAGGCCUGACACAUGAGUUGACAGGCUGUCUGACAAUUGCUUAAAUAGGAGGAUACUAAGCUACCAGAGGUCAUUCGCCUCCACCUGAUCACCUGUUAUAGGUCGGGGAUGAUAUAAACAUUCAUAGAUGUACCAGCACAUAAUUUGCCUGUUGUACGUGCAAAAACUGGGUAUAACACGAAUGACAAACAUAUGUCAUGUGGCGGCAGAUCUGGUGCCUGCCGCAAUUUGAUGCAGCGAGAGCGUGGGUCUUAUACGUUCCGGACGUAAUGUCUAUAGCGAGAGAAGCUGCGAGGCGGUACGCCGUGCAACGGUGGAAGGACGAACAAGAUCGAGAGAGGGGGAGCGCGGCCCGCCAAAGUAUGACAUCUCGAGCUACCGUACCGGCAUCACGUGUUCCAUCAUUUUGCUAUUUCAGAGUCAAAAAUCAAGAUUUCAUAUGCUAUUCUUAUGUAUUUUGAUCUCAGGAAUCCGAAUUCACGAGUUAAAUUGAUCUAUCUAUAAAAUUGAUCGAGUAAUCGCCAAUUUAUCGAUCUAAAAAGUGGAAAAUCAGGGAUAUCUCGAUGGGAAAAAUUCGUAGCUCGAUUUAGUCAACCGAUUCGCGUGCCUGGGAUCAAAAUACAUUAGAAAAAUUUCCUACUAUUGAUUUUUGAAAUACUUCAUUUUUGGCCCGAAAAUUAACAUGCUUGUCGUACUAUGAUUUCCAAAAUUAGAAAUUUUCAAGACAAAAUUUCUGGUCGAAUCAAAUGUUCUAACAUAAAUACACGCAUUUCUUGACGU